UUGUCUGUGUUUUAUCGAUAUUACCACGACGCUGGUUUUAUGUUGAUUGUCGCGUUUGAAGAAGAAGCAGCGCGAAAGCGGCAUUUGUUCGAAUUAACUGUAGAAAAGUCAAUGUAAAAUCGAAAUUCAUGUUAACAAGUAUUGUCCUGUUUUGUGAAAUAUGUCCACUAAAAGCUCUAUUCAAGUCUGCAUUAAGGUGCGUCCAUGUGAGCCGGAGCUGCCUACAUUAUGGCAAGUGAAGGACAAACGAGCCAUUCAACCAUUGGACAGCCAAGCAGAUCCCUGUGUUUUCGAUUAUGUGUACGAUCAGGGCUCCAAUAACCAAGAAGUUUUCGAUGGCAUGGCAAAACAUAUCGUCGAAGCCUGUGUGAGAGGCUUCAAUGGCACUAUUUUCGCCUAUGGGCAAACAUCUUCUGGAAAAACCUAUACAAUGAUGGGAGACCAGCAGAAUCCAGGCGUAAUGGUCUUGGCUGCCAAGGAGAUCUUCAAUCAGAUCACCAAUCAUAGUGAUCGGGAUUUCUUGCUUCGUGUGGGAUACAUCGAGAUCUACAACGAAAAGAUCUAUGAUUUACUCAACAAGAAAAAUCAAGAUCUUAAAAUAUUUGAAAGCAAUGGCAUGGUGAAUGUAAAUUGCGAGGAAUGCAUUAUAACCAGCGAGGAUGACUUACUGCAGUUCCUCUGCUUGGGUAACAAAGAGCGCACUGUCGGUGAGACGAACAUGAAUGAACGUUCCAGUCGAUCGCAUGCCAUAUUUCGCAUAAUCAUUGAAUCCCGCAAAGCCGAUCGCAGUGACGACGAUGCUGUGAUUCAGAGCAUACUGAACCUCGUGGAUCUAGCUGGCUCUGAACGAGCCGAUCAGACUGGUGCAAGGGGUGCUCGGUUAAAAGAGGGAAGUCAUAUUAACAAAAGCCUUCACUUCUUAAGCAAUGUGAUUAAAAGUCUGGCUGAGAACGAAGAUAAUAAAUAUGUUAGUUAUCGGGACUCGAAACUGACUCGCAUUCUGCAGGCUUCGCUUGGAGGCAACGCAUUCACAUCCAUAAUUUGCACCAUUCGCCCAUCAAUAAUGGAGGAAUCGCAAUCCACAUUAAAUUUUGCAAUGCGUGCGAAGAAAAUCCAUCUAAAGCCACAAUUAAAUGAAAUUGUAUCGGAUGCGACAAUGAUGAAACGCUUAGAGCGUGAGAUAAAGUUACUUAAAGAUCGCUUAGCCGAAGAGCAAGCAAAAAAUGAAAGUCAGAUUAAAGUAAGGCUCUUAGAGCAGAGAAUUAAGACCGAUACGCUCAAGAUUAUUACAAGCAAUACAAUUACUGAUCGCAAUAAAAAUCGACGACGUACAUGGUGUCCAGCGUCAUCGAAUCUGGAGGAAACGUCCACAGGCUCUCAAGAAAUCCCAGUAGCUAUUGGGUCGAAUAAGCCCCAUGCCAGUAUAAAACACUCAAAUUUACCGAAGCCCAGCUUCUAUCCUACAACUAACCGUCCAACCCAAAGAGCUUUAGCCGGGUCCAAAACUAUAAACAUUAUGAAAUCCCUGGAAGUCAAAGAAGAAACUAUGUCUGUCGAACCCAACUUUGAGCAGGCAACUCAUCAGCUCACCGCAGAUCACUCCAGAAUGAGAACAAUUACUCUAACUCCAACCUUAGCUCAAAUGGGGGCAAAAGGUAGAGAAUUGCUUGAACGCAAGCUUGUGGAGCUGGAAGCCUUCACAAAAAUAGAGCAACAGAUUAAUACAGAAUGGGACGAGCUAAAUGAAAAGUUAUCUACGGCAACAGCUCGAGUUGAUGAACUGCAGACAGAGAGACAAAAUUUGUUGCAGCGUUCGGAAGACUUACAAGCCCAAGUCGAUGAUCUGAGGAAGUCCAAGGAGGAAGCCGAUAAAAAAAUUGCAAGUUACGAAGAACAACUAAAAACGCUAAAGGCAACCGCGGAAAGAUUGGACAUGGAGAAUCGUGCUGCCGUCGAGCUGGAGUUUGAAUUUACAAGUCAUAAGUCAAAAUCAAAACUAAGAGAAAAUGAAUUGCUUACGGCGUUGUCGGAAAAGGACAGUACCAUCGAAAAUCUGCAAAAGUCGCUAAAUGAUCUGUCGAGUGAGGUACUCCGGAACAGCAAAGAUGAUCAUAUGCGUUCCAUUUGCCCGGCUCUGGAAACUAGCUGCGAACUGAUCUGUCGCAAAUGUGUAGAUUUGGAACGCCUAUUAGAGGAAUAUAACAAUAAGCCCAACGACAAAAAUGGUGCUGUUGCAAUUGAUUGUGAAUGUGAACAGUUGAGAGCAGAUAUCGCCAACACUCGUGCUCAGCUUGAAGGCGUUCAGAAUGCCUAUAAGCAAAUAACCAGUGAUGUGGCUGAGAAGACGGAGUUGUGCGAUCGUCUAAGCCGUAAUGUUAUCUCUGCAGAGGAGGCCAAGUUUACGCUGCAAGGAAAAUGUGAUGAUCUCAAGCAAGCGCAGCUUCGUCAUGAGGAGCUUAUAAAGAUAAUGCAAGAUGAAUAUGACAAGAUUCAGCAGAAGUACAACGCUUUACAACACGAUUAUGAGAUAUUGGAACGCACUGCUAGUUCUACAGAAGAAGAGCACAAGAUGUUGCAGACUGAGAAUGAAAGUUUGCAGAGGGAAAUCAGUACAUUAAAACAAUGUGUUGAGGAAAUGCAAUUGAAACUUCUAGAAACAACUGUCUCCGAUGUUCACGAAGCUCUUGUACAGCAGCUUAAGACGAGCAAUGAGGAGCUCAUGGCGAACUUGGCCAAUAUGGAGACCAAAUAUUGCGACUUGCAGGGAGAAUACGAUGAUCUUUCCAAUCAGCUUGUUGAUAGUGUGCAAGACGGUGAUAGUUUGCGAGAACAGUUCACUGCGCUGCAGGAGACUCUGAAAAAGACGCCAUUGGAGACAGAUCGAUUGCAUGCACACAUUGAACAACUAGAGAAAGAAGUUAAUGAAAAAAAUCAGCUUUUGGAAGCCACCGAAAGCACAAUAAAUGAGAUGCGCGAACAGAUGACAAAUCUGCAGUCUGAGUUGUUGGAGAAAUCUGUGAUAGUAAACAAAGUGGAGGACUAUCAACGUCAGAUCGAGUCGCUCGAGAAACAACAUGCUGAAAUGACGAUGGUCUGCGAAGAGCUGCAGGAGAAGGUUAAAGAGACCACUAUUAACGAUAGUUUGUCAAAGAGCACAAGUACUAUGAUUGCGCCUGAUAUUGAUUUUGAGCAGGAGCAAGAAAUUGGUAUUCUCAAGGAAAGGCUCGCCCAAUUGAAUGGCGAACUCAAACAGUUGCAGACUGAAUUAAAAAAACAAUUAAUUGUGGUUCAACAAAAGGAUGAGCUUAUUGAAACGAUGCAAUUGGAGAUGCAGGAGCUAAAUGAGCGUUGUUUAUCCAUGGAUGUGCAGAUAGUAGAACUUCGUUCGAAUGUUCAACAACAGCAACAACUGCUUGAUCUGCAGGCUACCAAAUUGGCAGCCGAUGCCAAUCGAAUUGAUCAGUUACAGGAAUCCAAUGCAAAGCUAACAGAGCGUAGCAUUAAAGCAGAGGAAACGCUAGAGGAACGUCUCAAUCUGGCCGCGGACAUUGAUAGUUCGAAAGCAGAAUACGAAAAGCAUCUUCAGCAUUUGCAAUUGACACUGGACAUUGCCAGGGUGGAAUUCGCUAAACAGGAGAAGAUAAAUAAGGAUGAACUUGAUAAUGCUAAUUUAGAGUUUUUGCAAAAGAUUGAGGUAAGCGAGAGUAGAUACCGAGAGAACCUCCAUAAAUACAAUACCGAAUGGGAAGAUCGAUUACAAAAACUCAAUUCCGAAGGUGAAGCUAAAUUGUUGGCUGCUAAUGCAGAAAUUGCUGCUGAAAGGGAACAAUUUAUUCAAGAAAAACACGAACUGGAAUCACUCUAUGAUGAGAGUAAGAAAACCAUUGUGGAGCUGCAAGAUAAGUUAAGCUUCAUGGUGGAAGACAAUGAGAAAGUAAAAGCAUACGCAGACUUCGAAAUAUUGUCUAAUGAAAAGCUUAAAAAUCUGCAUGAAAAAUAUGAAAGACAACUUAAAGAUUUCGAGCAAUUAAAACUAAACUUAGACAGCUUAGAACUGGAAAAGAACGCGCUACAAGCUGUUGUGGAUGAUAACAAACAAAUCAUUCAGCGUUUGUCUCAAGAACUUGAAUCUGAACAAAAUGUGCGACAAAUCGAAACAAGCAAAUUGAACCGUGAAUUAGAGAAUGCCAUAGAAGCUAAUAGUAAAGCAAAGUCUGAGUACAGCGAACAAUUAGAAACAUACACUGAAAAAAUUAGCGAUCUCCAAGAAGAAUUGAGACAGGCGAACCUAAUGGCCAGCGACAUUGAGAAACUUAAUUUAGAACGGCAGCAAAUACAAGAAGUUUUAGCUAAGACAAAGGAGCACAACAUGUUAUUGGAAAAGAAAGCAGACGAACUUGAAAGCGCAUUGUUAUUGGCUCAGAAUGAAGUAACGACACAUAGAACGCAGUUGGAGAGCUUGCAAUCGAAACUAGAUUAUACUCAGGAAGCAAAGAAUAACUUUAGUUCCGCGGAGGCCGCAUAUACUCAAAAGCUACAUGAUCUAGAAAAAGAAAUGUCGGAGCAGGCACAUCAAUAUAAUCGCAAAAUAGAGGAAUUGAUAAGUUCAGAGGCCGAACUUAACUUCAAGAUGGAAGCAUUGCUAAAGAGAAAGCUCGAGCUAGAGGCUUCGAACGACAAACUGGCCGCUUCGCAAGAGCUCUUGAAUCAGGAACGUGAACAUAACGCGAAUUUGCAACAAAGCAACGAUCAGUUGAAGUCGCAGCUAAAGGCUAAGCAAACUGAGUGGAACACCCUACAGCAAACGCUGCAACAGCAAGAGACGCAACUAAAUAUUAAGCAAACUGAAUUCAACAUUUUGCAAAAAAGCGCAGAUGAGACAAAUUCGCAGCUACUUACAUUGAAGCAGACUCUUCAUCAAGCUGAGUCGCAACUUGAACUCAAACAGACCGAUUGUGAUACAUUACAGCAGUCCUUGCAAGAAGCAACGUCUCUGUUAGACAGUAAGCAAGCCGAAUUUGAUGCAGUACUGCUGACUAUAAAGCAAAUGUCAGAGGAUAACAAAGAGGCCCAUGAUUCGUUGGAACAAGCAGAGUCGCAACUUAAAACAAAGCAGGCCGAAUGUAAUGCAUUGAAAGAGUCCUUGCAACAAGCAACUUGUGAAUUAGAAACUAAACAAGCUGCCUUCGAUGCGUUGCAGAUGUCUUUCAAGGAUCUGCAGUGUAAGUUAGAAACCAAACAAGCGGCUGACUGUUCGUUACAACAAGUAGAAUCAGAACUCAAAGCGAAGCAAGCGGAAUGUAGUUCUCUGCAGCAGUCAUUGCAACAAGCAACUUCUCUCUUAGACAGUAAGCAAGCCGAAUUCGAUGCAGUGCAGCUGACUAUAAAGCAAAUGUCAGAGGAUAACAAAGAGGCCCAUGAUUCGUUGGAACAAGCAGAGUCGCAACUUAAAACAAAGCAGGCCGAAUGUAAUACAUUGAAAGAGUCCUUGCAACAAGCAACUUGUGAAUUAGAAACUAAACAAGCUGCCUUCGAUGCGUUGCAGAUGUCUUUCAAGGAUCUGCAGUGUAAGUUAGAAACCAAACAAGCGGCUGACUGUUCGUUACAACAAGUAGAGUCAGAACUCAAAGCGAAGCAAGCGGAAUGUAGUUCUCUGCAGCAGUCAUUGCAACAAGCAACUUCUCUGUUAGACUGUAAGCAAGCCGAAUUCGAUGCAGUGCAGCUGGCUAUAAAGCAAAUGUCAGAGGAUAACAAAGAGGCCCAUGAUUCGUUGGAACAAGCAGAGUCGCAACUUAAAACAAAGCAGGCCGAAUGUAAUGCAUUGAAAGAGUCCUUGCAACAAGCAACUUGUGAAUUAGAAACUAAACAAGCUGCCUUCGAUGCGUUGCAGAUGUCUUUCAAGGAUCUGCAAUGUAAGUUAGAAGCCAAACAUGCGGCUGACUGUUCGUUGCAACAAGUAGAGUCAGAACUCAAAGCGAAGCAAGCGGAAUGUAGUUCUCUGCAGCAGUCAUUGCAACAAGCAGCGUCUCAGCUACAGAAUAAGCAAGAUGCCCUCGAUGCAUUGCAGCUAACUUUAAAUCAAACGCAGCUUCAGUUAGAUUCUAAGCAAAAGGCCCAUACUGCUGUGCAGACAGCUGAGUCACAAAUCAAAGCGAAGCAAGCGGAAUGUAAUUCUCUGCAUAAUUUCUUACAAGAAUCAAGAAGCAACUUGCAUCAAGUAGAGUCUCAACUUAAAGUAAAGCAGGCUGAAUGUAAUUCUCUGCAACAAUCUUUGCAAAAAGCAGUGUCUCAGCUAGACUCUAAACAAGCUGCAUUAGAUGCUUCAUUGCGACAAUCAGAUUUGCAGCUCAAAGCUAAGCAGACUGACUGCGAUUCAUUGCAACAGACCGUGCAAGAGCUUAAAGCCCAACUGGCGGCAAGUGCUGCAAGUGAGGAAAUGGUCCUCAGAGCUAAAGAGUUACAAAUAGAAUUUGAUAAGCUGAAAUCUAAUCAAAAUAGUUUACAAGCUGAACGAGAACGUUUGGAUGCAACCAUUUCUAGUUUAUUGGAGGACAAACGCAAUUUGGAGGAAAAACUUUGCAGUACAAAUGAGAUUGUGCAGAAAUUGGAGAUGGAUUUAAAAACUCCUCGAAAGAGUUUGGAUCGGGAUCAUCAUAUACCGCGGAAAUCGUUAAUCUCUGAGUCGGAGGUGCGCAGAAAUAGGCGGAUUAGUACUCACGACGAGCGACGUCAGUCAUAUUGGAAUGAUUCCCGACACGUAGCCUGUAUGACAGAUCCUGUGGAUACCAACUGUAAUUGCACGGAACUCGAUCGUAAGUUGAAAGAAUGCCAAUUCGAGCUGUUCGUAAGGGAGAGCAAAGUGACCGCACUGAGCAUCGAGCUGAAAAAUCAUCCGUUGAAAGAAGAAAAUGCUCAAUUGAAGAAGCGCCUACAGGAAGAGCAGCAAAAGUCGCGAGAUGAAAUUAAGCGAAUGAAGAGUAAGAACUCCGAUCUUAUGAGUAAAGUUAACGCAUUCUCCGCAUCUGCUGCCAUCUCGUCUAGCAGUAAUUGCGCUGCGAUUCCACUUCAAAAGCUAACGAGUGUUGAGACUCAAACAGAGUCCGACUUAGUGGUGGAGCUCAAAAAGACAACAGAGAAAUUAAACGACUGUAUCCAGGUGUGUCGACAUCGCUACAAUCAUAUAAAGGAUCUGGAAGAGAGAUUAAAACAGAAUGAAAAUAGCGAUACUUCCAAUAUUUCUUCCCAGACAAUCGGUCAAAUUAAUUUGCUUAAGUCCAAAUUGGAGAUACAGAAAAAGGAGAUAGCUACGCUCACCAAUAAAUAUGAAUACGCCAAAAAGGCUCUAAAAUUGCGAAAGGAUGAGAUAGAAGAAUUGCGCAAAGGCGCUGGCACAGCCGUAACAGCAGCAUGUUCUACAUAAUAAAUAGUUUUCCUUAGUAUUACUAUGUUUAGUGAUUAUUUGUAUAGUAUUUCAACAGUUGUUUACUUGUACUCAAUAUAAUAAUUUCAACGUUAAGUGUUCUAUUUAUAG